AUUUAUGUCUCUGUUCAUCCGUCCCUCCAUCCAUCCAUCCGUCCAUCCACCCUCUCUGCCGCUGCUCCAUGACCGCUCCCGGGGAGGAUGCUGAAGUUCCGUGUAGACAGGAGAGUCAGUCAUGACCCCCGUGGAGGUGUGGGAGCAGCGCUGACCUGCAUCACGCUGGACGAGUCCUCCCUGCUGCCUCAUCCCCUGCAGCGCUUUGGUUUGGACAUGAAGCUGAACGCUGCUGCGGAGAAGAUCAGUUACUCCAACAGUCAGAGUAUGGUGUCAGAUCUGUCUGCAGAGGCCCAGACUCACACGUGGAUGUCUCGAACUCCCAGGAAAACCGCCUCGUUUGGGAAGCGCUCCAACUCCAUGCGCAGGAACCCCAAGGCGGAGGUGACCAAACGGGGAUGGAUGUACAAGCAGGCCAGCAGCGGAGUAAAGCAGUGGAACAAACGCUGGUUCGUGCUCACCGACCGAUGUCUCUUCUACUACAAAGAUGAAAAGGAGGACGGCGUCUUGGGGAGCUUGCCGCUGCUCAGCUUCCGGAUCGGAGCGGUGGAGCCCGUGGACAACAUCACCCGGAGAUUUGCCUUUAAGGUGUGGUCCGAGGAGGAGGAGGAGGAGGAGGAGGGGCAGGACGGCCAGCUGAAGGCUCCUGUUGUGUCUUGCCUCCAGGCCAAGCACGCUGGGACCAGAACCUACUACUUCAGCGCUGACAGCCAUGAAGACCAACAGGACUGGAUCAGAACCAUGAGAGAGGCAGCAGAGGUCACGGAGCAAACACACAGAAUAAAGCUAGACACUGCAGAUGAUCUGAAGACCACCGGGACCACCAGGACAGAUCCACAAACACAAACCCACAACGGACCUGACGGUGACCCACCCCAUAACCCAAAGAUGAACGGGGUCGGCUGCCCAGACACCAGCCCGCUGACCACCCCAAGCUCCGACCACGAAGCCAAACGGAGCAUCCGAAGACGAGGAGACGUUGCAGAAGCUGAUCAAACCGAAGGAGGGAUGCCUGCAGGAACCGUCCCACACUCAAACCAUCAUCCAGAUGGUUGGGUCACCGGUGGACCUCCACACUCUAAGAGCCAAACCAGCAACGGCAACCCCCCUGUCUUUGGGAAGUACAGUGAGGGCCAGGGACAGCGGGAGGUGGGGGGCGGCCAGUCACAUGACCACAAGGAUCCCCAGGAGAACGUGGUGCUCAGGAGGGGCUUCGUGCCGAGAACCACCCCAGAGAGGGUGGCCCAGAGGAAGAGUUCCAUGGCCCAGCUUCAACAGUGGGUCAACCAGCGGCGGGUCAUGAACUCCCAGGAGGACCUCAACAGCCCGUCUCAUUACUACUCGGUCCACAGAGGCGUGUCGGCGGACUUCUACCGGCAUUCUGUUGGAUCCCAGUACGGGGACGAGUACCCUCUGUACCAGCCAGGGGUGCGACCGGACAGCAUCUGCUCCGUCUCUGCCGUAGGAGGAUACGACCCCCACUGGACUGUGGAGCGCCGCUCCCUGAGGGAUGGCCCCCCGCAGCCCCGGGACCCUUGGGGCCCCCAACAAUACGCUGGGAUGGAAAAAUCCAUGAGGCGCCUGUCGAUCCAGCCACGCUCCCGGUCCGUGCCGCGGUCGCCCUCCCUGUCGUCAGGGGGACACUACUCCCCAGUACCCCCCAAUUUCGCCUCACCGGCUCGGUCCCCGUCGACAUACUUUGACCGGUUUUCCGGGCGAAUGAGGGACGAUGUUAUCUACGCUGACCCCUUCGCAUACAGCUUGAGGCGGUCCAUCAGCUCCCCAAAGUAUGUGUACCCCGGUGAUAGGAGGUCCUUCAGUCAUGGAUUGUACCAGCACAGCUACCCUGUAUCCCCCUCCAUCCACAUGAAAGCGGACGAGAUUUUAGACCUGCAGCUCCAGCGCAACCUGGAGUACCUGGACCAACAGAUUCCUCCUUUCCACGACGUCUACAGCCGAGAAUUACAUCCAACGUUGAAGCUUAAUGAGAUUGAAACCAGCAAACUCCUGGGGCGACUGUGCGAGCAGAGCCGGAUUCUGAGGGACCACGAGGCCGUCGUGCACAGACUGAGGAUGGAAAAGGACAGCCUGGAGGAGGAACUGGUGGCCAUUCAUCAGGAGAUGGAGCUUUACCAGAACCAGCCGUCCAUCCUGGAGAAUCUGCAGUUCAAGAAGGAAACCCAGCAGAACCAGCUGAUCAACAUCCGAGGAGAGCUGUCCCAGGCCUCCAGCGCUCUGGCCACCGUUCGGAUGGAGUUUGAUGCUUUAGAGGACGAAGCCCAUGCGAUCCACGGAGAUCUGUGGGAGCAGCUGAACGCCGGAGGACAGAGUGAACUGGUGCGUAGACACAUCCAGAAAGAGUUCUGGAGGGUCCAGGAUGUGUUGGAGGGACUUCACAAGAGUAACUCGUCCAGAGGGACGGACACAGCCAAACACAGAGUGACCAGCGGUGCUUCCGGCUCCUUUAGCACCAAUAGUCCUGCCAGUCCCCUGAGCUCUGUAAGCCUAACCAGUCCGCUCAGCCCCUUCUCCCCAGUGCCGGGCUGCCAGGCCUCCCCCACCAAACCACUGGGCCCGGAGGAGAGUGCUCCCCCCAGGCCCCCCCUUCCCAAGUCCUAUUACCCAUUGGAGCCCUCCUCCACCUUCCCGCCCUCCGUCCCUCCCCUCCCGUUUGACAGCACCGCCUGGCUACACAACCUGGGCAUCAGUGAAGCUUACCUUGACCGUGAAGAGUCUAACAUCAGACAGCCCAAGACUGGAGAGCAGAGCAGAAUGAAAGAUGUGCAGGACCAGGAUAAACACACCACCAUGAAUAAAGUUGGCAUUGUUCCUCCGAGAACCAAGUCACCUGCUGAAGAAUUCCCCAAGAACUCUGCUGAGGUUUUGCGGCAUAUCUCCAGGGAGCGUCCGAAGAGCGCCGUGUUUCCCGCUGACGUCAAGUCCAAGAUGAGCGUGGAGGAGCAGAACGAGCGGAUCCGCCGCAACCAGAGCAGCUCAAUGAGAGACAAAAGGCGAAGUCUGAACCUGUCAGGUGUCCAGAUUCCCGCCAGCUACAAAGUGGUUCGGCGGCGGCUGACGGCUCAUGAAAUCGACAUCAAGGACUUGGAGGCAGCAGUUCGGGGGGAGGGGCAGGAGUCUCCGUGGGAGGAGAUCACUCGUCUCAGACAACUGGAGCAGUAUGACAUCAGCAGACAGUUGGCCCCUGAAAAACUAGUGAUCCCGGAGCGCUACAUGAACUUGGAGCAGGACACCCCUCUGAGUCCGGAGGAGCAGAAGGAAAAGCAGAGGAAGCUGGAUCGUAUCAAGACCCUCAUCGCCAAAUCAAAUUUGCAGAACAUGGUUCCCCUCCUGGACGGCCCGGUGGAGGGCGGGGCGUCAGCCGCCUCCCAGCAGCAUCUGCAGGAGCAGGAGAAGCGCAUUGAGAUCUCCUGCGCUCUGGCUGCAGAGGCGUCUCGUCGCAGCCGUCUUCUCUCUGCUCUGGCUGCUGUGAACUUUGAUGGAGCAUCUUUCUGAGGAUUCAUCAUAAACACCUAACAAUGACGACCCCCCCCAGCAGCCUAACUGAAGCAGCAGAAGCAUUGGAGGGAGCCCAGGCGGUGGAUCUUCAGACUUCCCAAAACCUCCCAAAACCUCCCAAAACUUCCCAAAACUCCAACGUACUCUGACCUCCUGUAAUCCAUGUAGCAGACUGCUGAGCUCCACCUGUCAACUUGUCUUGUAUUUCAUUGUAAUUUAACUCAGGAUGUAUUACACAGAGAGAUACUAAUGAACUCAUGCUGAGCUGUUUGAUACCCGUGACAUUUCAAUGUCACUGAAACCGAGGUCUAAAUGAACCACUACUGUUGACGAGGAAGGGAGAGAGCUGUGGACACUCACGCUGAGGGAGUGCUUGUCACAUCAACGCCGCUGAGGAUGCAAAUACUCGUGGACACUCAAAGCCAAGGGAAGACGCCCUGGUGGAGUGUGAAAGCCCCAGUGAGGCGGACAUUGAGGCUCGGUGAGCCGCAGGGCUUUGUGACGGGCCGUGAGUGACCAGACGGAGACCUGCCGUCCUCUGGAAACUGUAAGGACUUUUCCUAAACUUACUGUGACGCCCGUUUCAUCCGGAACGCCACCCUCACAUGUCCAUCAUCCUCACACCGUCUACUCUGAGUGGGACUUUGGUAGGGAAGCAUGCUUCAUGUACAGAACCUGUAAGAAAGUGCAGUAUGAACAUGUGCAGGCCAAGUGAAUGUGGUUGGGACUUUAAAGAGCUUGAAGGGAUCAACGAGACCAGGAACACACUAAUCCGGCGUGGGCCAGUUUUCAUUCAUGUCUUUCUUCAUGGCAUCAGCCCGUGUAAACUAAAGUCUGGAUUCACUACCGUUGACACGUGUAUGUGUGCACGUGUGUUCCUGUUCUGGUUUAUUAGCCCUGUUGCGACCGGUGGUCCUUGUCGGAACCAAAGCCUUGUCCUGAUGAGGAAGAAUGUCUUAUGUGAGGUCCUGUAAACUGAGAUUAGGUUAGCGUUCAGGUUUGGGUUGGGCUGGGCAAAGUGAAUGGAAGUCGAUGCAAUGUCCUAAUACGGAUGUAUUUGCAAGUGUGUGUGUGUGUGUGUGUGUGUGUGUGUGUGUGUGUGUGUGUGUGCGUGCGUGCGUGCGUGCGUGCGUGUGUGUCCUUUUCUAUGUCAGAAUCAGAAAGUGGCUUAAACCACAUCCCUCACCGUCAGCAUCUCUGUCCUUUAGAGUUCAUAUACAUGUAAAUGACGAAUUACGUCAGUAAAUUAAAUGUUUUCUAUAAUUCCUUAAUGUGCACCGAUUUACUCAAUAGGUUUCCAGACCCACAAAGUGAAAAGGUGGAGGUGAGUCCAUCUCCACCUGUGUAUCGCUGGAUGAACAGACAUAAACGUGCAGCAUGCACGCUGCUCUCCUCACCAGAUAGUCCUCAAUGAAGGGAAGUGCAUCAUCUGCAUAUCAGCAGUCCAGUAAAGUCCACUCACACUUCAUUCAGUUCAGUUCACAUCCGGGUUCAUAUCAUGCUAGUUCAUAAAAAAGAGCCAAAUAAUAAAAAAGCCACAAUGGUCAUGUGGUAAUUUUCCAACUUUUCUGAACAGGAUGGCAUUAGAAGAAUGAAAGCUGCAGAUGAUAUUUAGAAUAUAUUUCUUGAUCCCCAGAA